AUGGCUACCUCUUUUUCUUUUCGCAGGCAUUCGCAUAGCCGCCCUCCCCAGUAUCGCACCCCCUCCCCGCCGAGACACGCUGUCGAGCCCAUCUCACCCCUCGUAUCCACCUCUUCUCGUUCGACAUGGAGAGCCAAUUUCCAUGACUCCGCCCAAACCAAAAACCCCUUUCAGCAUCACUAUACGUAUGAAUCGGAUGGUGUUGAUCAGCUUCGAGAGAACGGCGCUCCUCCGGAGCCUAUUAGCGAGAGCAAAGCAAUAGGAAGGAUGGGUCACUCUAGAUCCGGUUCAAACAUCGACACCUUAGCCACUAUUGCUCUUGCUACCAGAGCUAGAUUACCGCAAUUCCCUUACAACUCUGCCGCUAACGAUACAUGCGCGAUAGCUCAUUCGCCCGCCGAGGGUGACUCGAUGGAAAGACCAUCGAAACGGGCCAAGUCGGAAAGAUCACCUACACCGACCUGGCAAAGAUCCGCCGCUCGACCUUCCACUAGCCAUACUUCCUCUUACGACAGCAUGAAAAUCGAUGCAGAAUUACUUUUGAACCUCGCAAGACCUACUAACUUCACACCCCGGCCGUCACUCCAGUUAGGGCGACAUUUCUCGGAUGCUGUCCCCCAAAGCCACACCGAAUCAAAGCGCGGCUCCGUGUCUCAUAAUAUUGCAAAUGACUCGGUGCACCCUGCGAACAAGGUGUCGUCAGUGUUUUUCGGCUGUCCUGAACUGGCACGGGUGCGGUCAAGGUCGGAUGGUGCAGCGGCUAUUUCGCGCCCAAUUAUCAAUGGCUACGGGACUUCUUCCUCCAAGGAACUGCAAUGCACAGGACUAGCACGUGAAGAUAAUCAAAGUGGCAGUGAGAAUCUUUCAAAUCUCAACGCUCCGCCUAACGUUGAAGAUAGGACUGCUCAAUUGCAGGCCAAACAAUCCUCGAAGCCCAAAGGUCGCAGGCGCUCAUCCCAGGUUGCGGUAAAAUGUGAAGGCUCUGAAAACGCAACGUCGAAUCAAACCAGUUGCGCUGCAUGCAACCUGGUUCGCGUGCCUAUGAGCAGCGGCGACGAUGGUGAAGUUACCUGGGUUAACUGUGAUGGCUGUAAUCGGUGGUUUCAUAUUGUGUGCGCCGGCUUUAAGAAUGAUCGUGAAAUUCGGACCGUGGAUAAGUUUAUUUGUAAGGAGUGUCGGCCGAUCCACGGACCCACGACUUUUGUACGCAAAUCAUCUCGCCCUAAGACGUCUAUUGACUACGCUGGAUUGAAUCAAGGAUUCGUUAAACCAUCGGCUGAAGCACCAGACCACCAUUAUAUUCUACCUAUUAAGGAAGGCAAAAUGAAAUUUUUGCCAGAUAAUUUCGCACGUUUACCUCCUCGACUUGUCACCGCAGAAUAUUUUGAGAACGGCAUGGGAAUGACGGAGCCCGUGGUCAUUCCUUCAUACCUUAAUCCCCACACUCCUACAACAGCCUUGGGAUUUCAACAGUCCACCAUGCCAGAAGCUUCAUGUCAAGAAGAAUUCGACGCCAUUAUUGAUUCUUUCUCGAAUGACAACAACAUGGAAGAGGUAACGGAUUGCUGUCAAGACCUUCUUGACAUGGUUAUUCCCGACAAUCUCACAGUUCGAGCCGUAGGUGAGCUGUAUGGCUUAGAAGAACGGCUGGAAGUGAUUGAUGUUAAAUCCCAACAAGGGGAGGAUAAGAGAUGGAACAUGCAAAAGUGGGUCGAUUACUAUUACGACAACAGCUCAUCCAAGACUGUUCGCAAUGUUAUUAGCCUUGAGGUUUCGCAAAGCCCAAUUGGGAAACUCAUCAGGCGACCAAAAAUAGUCCGUGACAUUGAUCUCCAAGACGACGUUUGGCCAAAUGAACUGAAGGACAUCGGGGACUAUCCAAAAGUCCAAUUCUACUGUUUGAUGUCGGUUGCAGACUGUUAUACUGAUUUCCACAUUGAUUUUGGAGGAUCAUCUGUUUAUUAUCAUAUAAUCAAGGGAAAAAAGACAUUUUUCUUUAUUCCCCCAAAAGAAAAGCACCUGAAGAAAUAUGAAGAAUGGUGUAAUUCUGCUGCACAAGAUACAACCUUCCUUGGGGACCAGACCAAAGAAUGUUAUCGGGUCGACUUGUCAGAAGGUGACACUAUGCUUAUACCAUCAGGCUGGAUUCACGCCGUAUGGACCCCUGAAGAUAGCCUGGUUAUCGGCGGGAAUUUCCUCACAAGAAUGAAUUAUGCCAUGCAAAUCAAGGUCUCGCAGAUUGAGAAAGAUACAAAUGUCCCAAGGAAGUUUCGAUAUCCAUUCUUCCAGAAAAUCAUGUGGUACACUGCAUUGAGAUACAUAGAUCAGGAUCCUAUACCCCCCGACGUCUUGGAUUCUUUCAUAAAAGAUGAAAAUUACCGCUUUUACCGAAAAUUCCCUAUCUACUACAACUUUGAAGGGCAAAUGAGCAAGGCUGAAGCUGGGUCUAGUUACUAUAAUUCCCGCUUUUAUUCACAAGCAGAGCUCGAUGGGCUACCAGAGCUUGCCAAAUAUCUAUUACGGACUGCACUAAUCGCCGGCGGUUAUGCCGUUGAGGGAGUGACAAAAGAAUCAACGAAAAAUGCUGUCGCCCGCUCUAUUCCUAAGGGUCAAAAUGACCCUAUUGAAACAAUUGUGAAAUUCGGAAUUUGGGUUGCCUGGAAGAGGGGUAAUGAACCUGCUGCUCAGUGGACCCGUCCGGGUGCGAUAUCACUAGAUACAAAGGUAGAUAUUUCGGACAAAAAGCGAAAUAUAAAGCCGACAAGACGUUCUGAGCGGAAUGUAAAUAAUGGGAGUCAGCUCUUCAGCACUGUCUCCGAAUCGUCACGCCCUCGGCAUGCGCAAAGUUCGGAGGGCCAGUUGUCGUCAGAACCCACCACUGCUAUUUCGAAUAAAGACAGCCCAGUUCCAACGCGUAAAGUGUCCUUUCCUGAUAUUAAAUCCGAGGAAGACCUUAUGCUAAAACCAGUCUUGAAAAAUGCCAGCCUUGGCCCAAAGAGGGUGGCAUGCGACCCGUGUAGAAAACGUCGAAUACGCUGUCGCCACAAAGUUGACCAGUUUAAUGAUACUACACCUGGUCAUGGGAUUGUUUCCUUUGAUUCUAAUGGCUCCUAUCUCCAGCCCCGAAGAAAUUCGGAUACUACUUCAUACACUGCAGUUAAUACUUCAACCGAUGACGAUGCGAUCAUGCAUGAUUCACAUGGAUUUGGACCACUGGAUUUAUGCCCAAGCCACCAAUCUGGAGUGAACGGGAACAGUCCGGGCUCUGUUACAGGUAAGAAAGGGAGGAAUAAGGCAUGUGAGGAGUGUAGAAAGAGCAAGCGUCGUUGUAUCCAUGAUGAAUCUGGCAAUGUCGAUCCCAUUAAAGCCCAGGAACGAGCCAAAUCGCGAACCGGACCUAUUAAACGUCCUCGUUCUACUGAUGGCUGUAUCUCUUCAUCCAAACGACCAAAGCAAAGCGACUGCACUGAUGAGUGGGCAAGAAAUUUUUCGCAUGAAUUGAUAGACGCUCAGCAUGAAAUUGUCCAUAGAGUACCUGACACCGAUUUGGAACAAGGACGAGUAAAUAUCGAUUCGGAUACUUUGGGCUUAACCGCCCAACCACCUGGCCAAAGAUCAGAACCCAUGGCUAACGGAGACACUCAAGGCCAAACCAUAAACCCCUUAGGCAUGGACUCAGAUACUUCUACAUCAGGGACAACAGCAGCAACGACUACAGGCCAUGUUUCUUCUGCGGGUAACCUUGUAUCCCCACCAACCUCCCUCCUCGAUAGCAUCGAGGGCAUCGCGAAUCGUGCUAAUGCGAAGCAAGCUUUACUCAAUGAGCAUGAACACCUAAAUAAAGAAUACUUGCUUGAUGUUAGCACUCCUAUUUCCACAUCACCCAAAACUCCCCAUCCAACAGUGCCUGAAGUGACGUCUGCAGGCAUAGAUAUCAAACACGGGACAGCUGCGUCACCCACUACAACGAGCAACCAACCUACUUCAGAUUCAUCAAACUCUGCUUCAAAACUGAGCAAACCAUCCCCUCGACUCAACUCACCGAAACGAUCCAUGAGCAAAGAGGCUAAGCCAACACGGCCCCUCAUUGAUCGUGGCGCAGGGUCUCACCGCGGGCGACACAAUAUUAGCCCUACUUCUCCGCAACGCCAUUCAAAACCGGGUAAACGCGAUCGUACCAGUUUCGCCGAAGUUGAUGCCGAUCCGGAGAGUUUGAAAUUAAUAAGAGAAUUACAAGAACAAGAGUUUGGAUUAAGAAAACGGAGCACGAGAGGUAGAUCUUAA